AUGCUACGCGCGGAGAGCCCCACAGACUUGGCCGUGCUCCUGUUGCACCACGUGAAUGAUCUUCGACCUGCGGCGCUCGAUCACCUGGUUUUGGCCUACGCCUGGGCCAAGGAGGUGUUCAUCGCGAUUGGACUUCAACCCGCCAACCAGUGCGCAAAGAAGAGGGCAGCUUAA